UCAAAUUAAUGUCGAAUCAUUCCGUGUAGUAUGAUGUUAAAGCCUAUAAAAGCUUGCGCAUCAUAAAUGAAUGUCAGUCCUGCAACAUGAACGCCUGUGUAGCGCUCGCUGUGUCCUGUGUCCUGCUUUGCACGGUAUUUGCCGUGCCAAAGAAAGGCCAUGGUUACGGAGGAGGUGGUUACGGCGGUGGUUAUGGCGGUUACGGUGGUUACGGCGGUAGCUACGGGGGCGGCGAUGGUUACGUAGGCGGUUACGGCGGUGGAUACGGAGGCGGUGGAUACGGAGGCGGUGGAUACGGAGGUGGUGGAUACGGAGGCGGUGGAUACGGAGGCGGUGGUUAUGGCGUUGGGUAUGGAUAUGGCGGUGGCUUCGAUGGUGGCGUCGGAUUAGGCGGUGGAGAUGGAGGAUACGGAGGAGGAUUCGGAGGCGGAUACGGUGGAUAUGGAUGGGGUGGCAAAAAACCUACUAUGCGAGCUCAAUGCAAGUGUGUGCCAAAAUGUGGAAAGUUCCAGAAGUAUGUUGGUCGAUGCCCGUGGUGCAAGAAGGGGUGCAAACUCGUCUUCUGCUGCAGAAGAAAGUGGCCGUAGACGCAAAACAACGGAGACAGACGGAUUCCUUCAAAACACAUCAUGCUCAAUUAAUGUGUGACAAUGUAAAUAAAGCAUUCAAACAAAA